AUGUUGCAUGCUAGUCGAAAGCGAGUAAGGUCCGAUUCAAUACCGGAUCGUCCCUCUAAGGCUCCACGGGUCUCGUGGAAAGGUUCAUACCACUUGCCUGCAUCGUCACCUGGGUUUCACCACCACGCUGCGCAUCGGCACCAACCUCUACCGUUCGUGGCUGAGACAAUCCCGGAAUUCUCGUCUCCGGCCUAUCAUCCCCAUUCAGACGAAGAGAAUGAUCCAGAUUUACCUGUGCAUAGUUUCCAGCAUGCCAGCUCGAUGGUUGGCUCUUCCCCUCCUAGAACGCCACCUCCGAAGCACGCUCGCCUGGCACACAAGGACCCAAAUCUGCUUCACGAGGAUGGCGCCGAUCUGCUUCUGUAUCUUGCAAACUCCCCAACCCCAGCCAGUAUUGCUGGCAAGACCCAGGCCCGCGAUUUUCCACCCUCUACCCCGCCAAGUCAACAUGCCCUUUUGCCCACAUUAACCCCUACACCUGGGGGCGGUGGUGUCUUUCCCAACUUCGGCACUCCAAGUCAACAGUUUAAUUUUGCAGACUUUGUGAAUGUCACUCCCAGUCCUGCGCAACCAGCUCGAGGCGGACGCACCCCUGGAGGACCCAUGAAGACUCCUCUGGCAAACAGGGACACCAGAAAACGACCAAACUUUGACAAUCUACUUCCACCGAGCGCGGAAAGCCCGAACAAUCGACCAAAAGAGUCGGGCCUUGCUCUUCAACUUGGCGGAGAGUUGCGACCGUAG